CUUUUGCAGUUUUUGGAGACUCUCUGCGCCUGGCUUCCUGGGAACUCUGGCUUUUCUCUGUGUUAGGGUAUAUAGCUUUGCCGAUCAGUGGAGCAAACCCCCUUCCGGUCAAUUUCGAAUUCUGAAUUUCGAUUCUGUUCGGUCGGGGAUCGCGAAGUAGUAUCAGAAGAUGAAGAUAUUCGUUAAGACUCUCAAAGGCACCAACUUCGAAAUCGAUGUCAAGCCUGAGAAUACGGUUGCUGAAGUGAAGAAACAUAUAGAAACUGUCCAGGGUGCAGCUGUCUAUCCUGCUGCACAGCAAAUGCUUAUUCAUCAAGGGAAAGUUCUCAAAGAUGGUACUACCUUGGAGGAAAAUGAAGUAGUUGAAAACAGUUUUGUUGUAAUCAUGCUAUCAAAGAGUAAGAGCUCAUCAGGUGAGGGAUCUACUACUUCACCUUCAGUUAAGGCUCCUCAGACCAGUUCAGCUGCUACGCCAGCCCCUGCGUCAACAGCACCUCAAGCUCCUGCUACAGCUGGGGCACCGCCUGCAUCUAUUACUGCACCUGCACCUGCACCUGCACCUGCUCCUUCACCUUCACCAGCUCCAGCUCCUGCUGUGUCAGGGUCUGAUAUCUAUGGGCAGGCAGCGUCUAAUCUUGUUGCUGGGACCAACUUGGAGGGAACAAUCCAGCAAAUUCUUGAUAUGGGUGGAGGGAGCUGGGAUAGGGAUACUGUUGUCCGAGCUCUUCGUGCUGCUUAUAACAACCCUGAGAGAGCUGUGGAAUACUUGUAUUCGGGUAUCCCCGAGCAAGCUGAAGCUGCCCCUGUGGCUCGUGCGCCUGCAAGUGGUGCCCAAGCUGGAGAUGCUCCCUCCGCAGCUCCACAAGCUGCACAAGCUGCACAACCUGCACAGCCUGCACCUGUUCCUUCAAGUGGACCUAAUGCCAAUCCUUUGGAUCUCUUUCCUCAGGGUCUCCCAAAUGUUGGUGCUGGUGCUGCUGGUGCUGGCAAUCUUGAUUUUCUGCGCAACAGUCAACAGUUCCAAGCGUUGCGAGCCAUGGUGCAGGCCAAUCCACAAAUAUUGCAGCCUAUGCUUCAAGAGCUUGGGAAACAAAAUCCUCAUCUAAUGAGGUUGAUUCAAGAGCAUCAAGCUGACUUCCUUCGCCUGAUAAAUGAACCUGUGGAAGGUGGUGAGGGGAAUAUAUUGGGGCAGCUGGCUAAUGCCAUGCCGCAAACAAUAGCUGUCACCCCUGAGGAGCGCCAAGCAAUUGAACGUCUUGAAGCAAUGGGAUUUGAUCGAGCACUUGUUUUGGAGGUGUACUUUGCUUGUAACAAAAAUGAAGAAUUGGCUGCUAACUACCUCUUAGAUCACAUGCACGAGUUUGAGGAAUGAUUCCUCCAACUUUGCGGUUCUCAAAAUUAUUUCGUCCUUUUUUGGGGUCUUUUUCGAACUUCUUCCCGUCGUCUUGUUUAAAUGUUUGAUAAAGAAGUCGCAGGAUGGACGAAAAGGAUGUUUUUAACCUCCUCCGCCUCAUUAUCCCAUGUAUCUAUCAUUCUCUGUUUCUAGGAUUCUUCUCACUAUUAUUCAUAUAAAUAGUUUCUUUGGAAUAUCCUUAUACAGGAUAUGUGCAUCAUUCCUCUCAGACUUGUUCCCUUUCUGAAUUUUUAGUCCUGUUCCGGUGUUUCAUGAUAUUUAGGUAGCUAACACCUUCCAAAGUGGACGCAUUUCUGCCAUUCAAGGCCUUGUUUGGUAUUCCAUAUCAAAUCAAAUUA